AUGGGGGAAGAAAUCACACCGUCCAAAGGCAGAGUUCUAGUAACGGGUGGAAGUGGGUUCAUCGCUUCUCAUGUUAUCGACGUUUUCCUAGACGAGGGAUUUGAAAUCGUGACAACUGUGAGGUCCGACGAGAAAGGUCAAGGUAUAGUGGAAUCCGCAAAGCCUAGUUUGCGAGAGAGGGUCUCAUAUGCCAUUGUGCGAGACAUUUCGGAGGACGGAGCCUUUGAUUCUGUAUUUCAAAACGAACCGGGCUUCGACAUCGUGGUACAUACCGCAUCGCCUUAUCAUCAUAAUGUGCAAGAUCCCGUAAAGGAUUUCCUCGAACCAGCAAUUAAGGGGACCACGGGCCUGCUGAAGUCGGUCAAAACAAAUGCCCCUACUGUCAAACGUGUGGUAAUCACUUCGUCCUCAGCUGCGGUAAUCAACCCACUCAAGCAUGCGAAAGUGUAUGACGAGACACACUGGGCGCCUUGGACACGGGAAGAUGCUCUAGUCCCCGGAACCGCUUACACGGCUAGCAAGAAACUAUCCGAGCAAGCCGCUUGGGAGUUUAUGGAGACCGAGAGGCCGAACUUCGACCUCGCUACCAUUAAUUGCACUUUUACAUACGGCCCAGUGCAACGAAACCUUCCAAACCUAGAUGCGAUGAACACAUCUAACCAUCUUAUCCGCGACUUGGUCCAAGGCAAAUUGAAAGAUGGUCUACCACCUACUGUGCCGGUUUGCACCUUCGUUGAUGUGCGCGAUGUGGCGCAGUCGCAUCUUAAGGCUGCGAUCGUACCAGAGGCUGGUGGUAACCGUUUCUACAUCGUUGGAGGUUACUUUUCGAAUAAGCGCAUCGCGGACGAGAUACGGCGAUCGUUCCCGGAACUAGCGGAAAGGCUUCCAGAUGGACCUGAUGAUUUGCCUAAAGAUGUGUUUGGGAUUGAUAUCAGCAAGUCUAGAAGGGUCCUGGGUCUCGAGUAUGUAAGUCUGGCGAAAUCGGUUAAGGAUACUGUGCAGUCGAUUCUGGACAUGGCUCCAGAACUGCGAUGA